ACACUGUACAGCACUGACAAGUGACAGGUAGAAAUAUAUCGUCAAGUCAAUAAAUAAAUUAUUUACACCAAAACUCAAUAAAACUGAUAACGCGUAAAAAUGGCUGGAAACGAUGAUAACAAGCCUGAAAAUAACGAAACUGGAAGUGAUGGAAAUGCAAGCUUUGAAAGUAAUGAAAAUAUUCGUGAAGAGUAUGAAUUUUUGGAUUCUAAACUUGACGAAUUAAAUUCAGCACUGGACUUUUUAGAGCAGAAGAAUGAUGAUAUACAUAAGAAGCUCAAAGAACUUUUACAAUCCAAUAUUGAUAUACGCCAACAAUUGAAGGAUGCAAAUUCAACAAAUGAGAGCUAACUUAUAAAUAAAGAAUAUUAAAUCCUUUUCCUCACUAGUAUUUCAUAUUAUGGUGGCGGUGUUUGCUUUCCUUGUUAGUCUCUUUCAUUAUGCUCUAUAUCUUUGUCUGAGAUUAGGCAGUUGUCCAUGUUUUCAAUUUAAUAUUUGCUUAAAAUAUCACCUUUGUAAUUAGGUUUGGUAAUUCUAAAUAAAAUGCUUACAUGGAUAGUUAAGACUUUUAAAAUGUAAAAAUUAAAAGCUAAUAUAUGUUUUGAUUAAUUUAUUAUAACUAGAACUUUUGUUUAGACACAAACAUAACACAAAUGUUGAUACAUUUGAGAA